UAAUUAAUAAAGAGUUGUAAAAGAGAAUUAUCAUUUUAAAGAAACAUAUAACAUUACAAUCAUGUUGAAUUUAACAAGAUAUUGUACUUCAACAAUAAUGAAAAGCAACAUAAUAAAGUUUCUUCCAGUUAAAAAAAAUUUAUAUACAUAUACUCCAAAAUCAGUAAUUACAAAUACAACUCUUACAUUAAUGAAAAGGAAUUCCAUUUUGCAUAAAGAUUUAUUUAAAGGAUAUAAUAUCAUUACAAAAGGAUUUGCGUCAAAAUCAAGUCAGAAAUCAGAUAAAGUUUUGGGCAAAUGGUUAUUAAGUUGUAGUGGCAUGAUUUUUGUAGCUGUUAUUUUAGGAGGUGUAACAAGACUUACAGAAUCUGGUUUAUCCAUGGUUACUUGGAAAUUACUUGGAGAAAAAAUGCCAAUUACUGAAAGUCAAUGGCAUGCAGAAUUUGAACGUUAUAAACAAUUUCCUGAAUAUAAAAUUAAUAAUCAAAAUAUGACAUUGGAAGAAUUUAAAAGAAUUUGGUGGAUGGAAUAUUUGCAUAGAAUGUGGGGACGUUUGAUAGGUGCUGUUUUUAUAGUUCCAGCUACUUAUUUUUGGGCAAAAGGUAUGCUAAAACCAAGCAUGAAAAUCAGAAUAACCAUUUUGGGUUCAUUAAUUGGUUUACAAGGACUCAUGGGUUGGUAUAUGGUUAAAUCGGGUUUAGAAGAUCGUUUCGUGGAACCCUCAGACGUACCCCGCGUCUCACAGUAUCGUUUGGCUGCGCAUUUGGGAAUAGCAUUUCUAUUAUAUACAGGAUUUUUAUAUAAUGCUUUAAAUUACUUGGUUCCUGCUCAAAAAUUAACUCUUAAUAAUUCAAAUGUUAAUAUUAGUGAUCUGAAAUCAAAACUGAAGAAAUUUAGAAUAUUGGUUCAUUUAACGAAAGGACUAGUCUUCUUUACUGCUUUGUCCGGAGCUUUCGUUGCAGGAAUGGAUGCAGGUCUUAUUUAUAAUACAUUUCCAAAAAUGGCAAAUAAAUGGAUACCAGACGAUAUAUUUGCGAUAUCACCUACAUGGAAAAAUUUUACUGAAAAUCCAACUACAAUACAAUUCGAUCAUCGAAUUCUGGGUAUUACAACUUUAUCAUUAAUAACUUAUAUUGCAAUUGCAUCUCGUAAAUAUAAACUUCCGGGUAAUGCAAAAAAAGCUGCAAUAGCAGUUCUUUGUGCUGGCUAUUUACAAGUGCUAUUAGGUAUUUCAACAUUGUUGUAUCAUGUACCUUUACCAAUAGCUGCAUCUCAUCAAUCUGGCAGUCUUAUUGUUUUGAGUACAAUGAUAUGGUUAUGUCAUGAAUUAAAAUAUUUAAAAUAUGUAUUAAAAUAAAUUUAUAAAAUAUCCUGUA